UUUAGGUGAUAUUAUCAUUGAGCGAUGGAUCCCAUAUGGCGCACAAGCUAAACGAAAAACAAUUGUUCAACGUGCAGCUGCUGCUCAACAAUAUAAGGCUCCACGAAAUAUCAUCAUUCAAUAUGAACCAAUUCAAGCUCGUGUUGUUCGACAAUUUCAACGACUCGGAGUUCAACAAGAAAAUCCACAAUCAUAUGUUCAGCGUUAUGGUGUUCAAUUACGCGAUAGUGUGCAACUUCUGCAAGAAGCACGAGCAGCCGGAGUUGUUGAAGACAUCAGCCCACCAGCUGCUGCUGUAGCAGUCUCAAGUGCAUCAUAUAGCGCAGAAUCCGUAGGAGCUACUGGUGUAGCAGGUAGUGAAUUUAGUGCUGAAUACGCAGGUGCUGGCGGAGCUUCAUCAUCUUAUGAAUCUAGUUCCUUAUAUGGCACAGGAGCUGCCGGUUACGGUGGCUUAGAAGCAGGUGGAGCUGGUGGUUAUGGAAGUUCAUUUGAAUCUUCAUCAUAUUCUUCUACCGGUGAUUUAGGAGGAGUUGGCAUAGCUGGUGGACUUGGAGGAGGAUAUGACGCCUCAGGAUUAAGUGGCUCGGCAAGUUAUUCAUCAUCAUCAUACGGAGUUGGAGCUGGAGGUGUUGAUGCAGCCUUUCAAGCUGCUGAUACCAAUCGCGAUGGAAGUUUAAGUCAAAGUGAAUUCAGAAAUUUUGUUGGCAAUAAUCUGUAG